AUGGAUCUAAGGCAGAUAGCGAUGACCUCGACUGACCGGGAUGACAUUGACCAAAUUAACUGCCCGCGAUCUAUCCAGGCCUCGAUCAAAUUGGACAACCCUGAUCGAUGCAGAGCUAUGCUUGUCCCCACAAACGCCUUGGCGGGCAUCAGACUUGAUAUCAUCAGUCUCAUUCUCCCGCUCGAAUCGACGAAUUUCUCGACGGAGCCCUCCGCCUUUUUAGGGGUGGAGCAGCAGCUGCUCCUGGGGGCGGUGAUGGCCCCGGACGCGGUGGCCGAGGGCGUCGUGGUGGUUGUCGGGGGGGAGGGGGUGGCGGCCGACGCCGUUCUAAGCGUGACUAAGAAGGAGGAAGAGGAGAAGGAGAAGAAGAGGGAGGGCGGCGGCCGCACGCGUGGGGGAGUCAUCAAACUCCCAAGCCUGGUGGGCCGAGGCCCCGGUGGCCGAUUAUCUCGAAAGCAAAGGCGAGGGGUUUUGGCGUUGGGCCUGGUGCCCGAGCAGCAGCAGCAGCAAGAGGAAGAGGAAGAAGCAGAGAAAAGAGAGGAGAGAGAGGAGGAGGAGGAAGAGCAAGAAGAAGAAGGCCAAGAAAAGGGUGGCGCAGCCCCCAAGUAA